GUUGUAAAACAGCCCCACACGCCUCACUGACCGUAGACAUGGCUGACAAGACGCCUCCGAAGUCUGAUGCUCCGUUCGCUAGCAGGUUAGACCCGACCAAGGAGGGUCUUUCUAAGGAGCAGCUGCACUUCAUCAGGCAGGUGGAGCUCGAACAGUGGAAGAAGAAGACGACCAAGUUGCGGUCGCGGAAUGUGGUGACGGGACUCGCCUUCGGAGCGCUCGUUCUGGGCAUCUACGGCUACACGUUUUACUCGGUGUCCCAGGAGCGGAUCAUGGAUGAGCUGGAUGAGGAAGCCAAGCGUGCCAGACUGCAGGGAGCAAAGACUGGUGCCAACUGAGAUUAGUUCACUGCCUGCCUGUUGUUGGACUGUGUGUCUGUGCUGCACUUAACCAAGAAGGGACUCAUGAUGCCGCUGAUUCAUGUUCCACAACCGGCUGCUGGGUUUUGUUUUGUUCUUUUUUAUGAUGAGAAAGAACUGGACUUUGUUUUGUCCUGAUUGUGGAAGGUAAUUGUGUGCUUCUUCUGCCGACUUAAAUCUAGAUGUGUUUUGGUCUCAAUUAAGCUUCCCGUCAGCGGAAAGGAUUAAUCCACUGACCUCAGCAUGACCUUACAAAGCUACACGAAAGGCGCAGACUGUAGCGUAAAUUACCACCUCUUAGCUGAAGUUUCCAGCCCUGAUCAUGUGUGAGCGUUACAGCCUGAGGGGAAUACAAAACAGAUCGACUUUAAAUCUACAGUGGCCUUCGACGAUGGAGAACGCCAGCAACGCUGCGGAAAUGAAUCUGAUGAAAGCUGUUAUUUAUGAUGAUAAAGUAGUGAUUUAUAAAAUAAAAAAUCUGAUGUAUGAGA